GGCGCCGUCAGACCGUGCGCAGACCGCCCAACAUAAAACAUUUUCUUUUAUUUGUUGUAACCAUUGCGAGGACGCUUGUAAUUGCGAUUCUGUGACUUUGCGAUGCGCUGCUUUCGUCCGACGCGCAGCUCCUGGCAGCCACAUUUAAUUGGCCACAAAUCAGGGAUUAAACUUGAGGAACAGAGAAACUGGUAAAUUCAAAAGUAGGAGAGCACGAACACAAAACAGGAAGCAACUUUUUGUUUGGACGCGCAUAAAAUGGAACGGAGUGGAAAUAUGUUAAGAGCCCUGAAAGAAACACAAAAGCACGGAACCUGAGCAACACACCAGUGAUAUAAUAGUAAUCUACAUAAGUCGUUAGACCCGGAACUCCUCGAAUCCCAAUCCUGCAAUCUCACCCAAGCCUUUCGCCAAGAUGGCCGUGCAGCUGAAGCAGAGCUACCACCACCUGCCCCUGACGAUCACCCCGAUCCUGCAUCAACCGCAGCAGCAGCAGCACCAGCACAUCCUGCAGCCGGCACCGAAUCCUCCCCAGCCGCAGCCACCGGAUCUCACCUUCCACUGCAUGUGCUGUGCCGAGUUCUUUGUCCACCCACUGGCCCUCUACCAGCACAUGAACACACUGCAUCCGAACGAGCCCACCAAUGGGCAGCGGGAGCAGGAAAGUCCGGGCGACGAGGGCGAGGACUACAGCUGGAUCUUUGAGCCCGUGUGCGAGCUGGCGGAGGAUGGCAGCGACACCUCGGAGGGUAGCGACUCCUCCGAGUCGGACAGCUCCUCCUCCUCGGAGGACGACGACAGCAGCUCCAGCUCGAGUUCCAGCGGAUCGGACUCCACGUCCGGCAGCACGGUGCCCAGCUCCAGUAACUCCAACACCCAGCAGAGCCAGGAGGCCAUGCAGCCCAUGCGUGGCUUGGUGGCCGGACCGGGCUUGAACGAGUUCCAGCUGCAGAUGGCGGAUCCCCGGGAGUCCACCUCCAUAUUCAUGCUGCAGCCGAACAUUAGCCUGGCCCCCGUGCACCAGUUUGCACCACCUGCACCCACUCCUCCCCUGGGAUUCUCCCUGGAUUCGGCGCCCAUCAAGCGCAGGCGGGGAAGGCGCAGCAAUGUCCAAACGCCAGCAAUGGAUCCGGCGCUGAAUGGCAACCAGAAGUGCUUCCAGUGCACCCACUGCGAGGCCAGCUUUCCCAACGCCGGCGAUCUGUCCAAGCACGUGCGCUCCCACAUCACCAACAAGCCGUUCCAGUGCUCCAUCUGCCAGAAGACCUUCACGCACAUCGGCAGCCUCAACACGCACAUACGGAUCCACAGCGGCGAGCGGCCGUACAAGUGCGAGCUCUGUCCGAAGGCCUUCACGCAGUCCAGCAGCCUGAUGGUGCACAUGCGCUCCCACUCGGUGCGCAAGCCGCACCAGUGCCUGGAGUGCGACAAGGGAUUCAUCAACUACAGUUCGCUGCUGCUGCACCAGAAGACCCACGCCGCGCCCACGGAGACGUUCGUCUGUCCGGAGUGCGAGCGGGAGUUCAAGGCGGAGGCGCUGCUGGACGAGCACAUGCGGAUGCACACGCAGGAGCUGGUUUACCAGUGCGCCAUAUGUCGCGAGGCCUUCCGCGCCAGCUCGGAGCUGGUGCAGCACAUGAAGAACCACAUGGGUGAGAAGCCGUUCACCUGCUCCCUGUGCGAUCGUUCCUUCACCCAGUCGGGCAGCCUCAACAUCCACAUGCGUAUCCACACCGGCGAAAAGCCGUUCCAGUGCAAGCUCUGCGAGAAGUGCUUCACCCAGGCCUCGAGCCUCAGUGUCCACAUGAAAAUCCACGCGGGCGAGAAGCCCUUCACGUGCCCCAUCUGUGGAAAGUCCUACAGCCAGCAAGCGUAUCUCAACAAGCACAUCCAGGCGCACCAGGUGGCCGCCUCCGCCUCCUCUUCCCCUGGAUUGCUGGUCACCAAGCAGCCACACGAGACGCUGGUCUGCAUCGUCUGCGGAUCGCUACACGCGGAUGCCACUGCGCUGGCGAACCACGUGACCAGCCAGCACGCAGCGCUCCUGGACACGAUGAAGCAGUCGGCCAUGAACACGGCGCCGGUAGGAUCUCUACCGGAGGGAAAGUGCAGCCUAGAGGAGCAGCAAGCCUACAUGCAGCGGAUCCAAUCCGUCUGGCAGCAGAUGAACCAGCAGCAGCAGCAAAUGCUUAUCCCACAGCAGCCGAAGAUACCGGCAAUGGACUCCACUGGCGAGGAUGAAGAGGAACCGGACGAAACGGAGGAUCCACCGGAUGGGGAGGAGGAAGACGAGAUGCCAGAAGUGAAGGCUGAAAUGCAGGAAGCAGAGGAACCUCUGACCCACCAGAGUUAUCCGAUUCUUGGUCUGCAGGAGGAGCAGAUCCUUUUGGAUUCUGACAUGUAUUACGAUGAUUUUGCCGACAUGGACGUCGGCUGCCAGGAGGAGGUGUUCGGCGACUUUGUCUUGAACGAGGAGGAGGUCUACACCGAGGAGCUCAUUUAGAUUUAAGUACUACGAUCGGCCAUAGUUUAUGAAGGCAGUUCAUAUUUACAUUGAAAGGGCAGCUCAGUUCUUAAAUAGUUUUAGGGUCAACGAAUGGUAUUACGCACCCAAACCUUAUGUUGACCAAUUAAUUUGCCCGAUUUUAUAUUUUUUUAUUAUAUUGCUAUUGUUUAAUAUCCGAUAUGUUUACAACGGACUAGAAAAAACAAAAAUUGGGAAUGUUUUAAGAAACGUCAAAAGAUAAGAAUGUCACAAUUUAGCUUCGUGUACCAUGUAGUUUUGCUAAAGACGAAGGUCUGUGUUGUAAAAAUAACUUUAAAGAUCACUGAAAUAUUUUUCAUACAAACUGAACACUUACAAAAGUUAUCCACCAGAAACCAAUUUUUUUUGCCUAAUCGUAAAUAGAUCAGAAAAUAUUUGGGGAGCAUUCCUAGUACAACUUAUUACACAUUUUGUGCAACCAAAGCGAAAUUCCACUUUUGUAACUUAUUCAACACAAAGCCCACACGACUAUGGAUCAUCAGAAAAUGGACGUAUUGUAUUUGCACAUCAUCUUCUAAAGAUAUUACAUUUUGUUAGUAUUAAGACAUACUUUAUGCUGCUCAUUUUACAUCCCAAAGGAUAUGCCCUUACCCUUGUUGGAAUUAUAAUGUUCCAAAUAUUCCACGUCGCGUAUUUUCCUAAAUCGCCUGAAGAGAUUACAUUAAUCGUUAAAUCUAAAA